UCUGUGCAUAUGUCAACGUCGCGGUGAAUCUUAUAUGGUCACCUAGCUUCAAGCAGUUUAUGUAAUUGAUUGCACACAAGUAUAAAGAUCAAGAAUUGCAUGAUAUUCGAAGGCUAUGAAAAACAUAAUUCCGCUUGAAUUGAACAUAGUUUUUUUUUUAAAUAACGCGGAGUUAAGUAUACGGCAAAGAAUAAGGUGGCCGUACUAAUGUGUUAGUGUCAAGAAUAUGGCUAUAUUUAGCGUAUGACGACUGGCCGUUUUGGAGCACGAACAGUGCCGUUGCUCUGAUAUAGCUAGCGUAUCGUCUGUGUUUACGAACAAUAAUUUGUGACAAAUAGAACGAAAAUGGAAGAUAUAUUUCAAUGGUGUCGUGAGGGUAAUGCUAUGCAAGUCCGCGUUUGGCUGGAUGACACUGAACAUGACAUGAAUCAAGGAGAUGAUCAUGGAUUCAGCCCACUACACUGGUGUUGUAAAGAAGGACAUUUAAAAUUGGCAGAGUUGCUCCUCAGCAGAGGUGCACGCAUUAAUGCAACCAACAGAGGUGAUGAUACACCUUUGCAUCUUGCUUCGGCGCACGGACACAAGGAAAUAGUACAAUUGUUACUUAGAAAUCGUGCUGAUGUAAAUGUUACAAACGAACAUGGGAACACUGCUUUGCAUUAUGCUUGUUUUUGGGGAGAUCAAGCAAUCGCGGAAGAAUUGGUCGCGGCUGGUGCUCUUGUAUCCAUUGCCAACAAAGAUGGUGACACUCCUCUUGAUAAAGCCAGAGGUGUUUUAGCAAAGAGAUUACAUGAUUUGGCAGUGGAGUAUGGACAAGAUUUGAAGAAAAUUCAAUUCAAGGAUCAGAGCUGGUUAGGCUUGAAAACUAGGAGUCGCGAUGCGACUCUUUCUCGUCAUAAAGGAAUCAGUAUGGCAGAUCUGUCUCUGCAUACACAUCUAGCGAGCACACCGAGCGGUGAAACUUGGCGAGGACGAUGGCAAAACAAUGACAUCGUCGCCAAGAUAUUAAACGUUCGCGAAUGUACUGCGCGCAUCUGUAGGGAUUUCAACGAGGAGUUUCCAAAAUUAAGAAUCUUUUCGCAUCCUAAUGUUUUGCCGGUUCUCGGUUGCGUGAAUCAGCCGCCACAGUUGGCAACCGUUUCCCAAUAUAUGGCACGAGGUAGUUUACAUCGACUUCUACAUGGCGGAACGGGUGUCCUAGUGGAUACAGCGCGCGCUCUUCGAUUAGCUCUUGAUAUCGCUAGGGCUAUGGCAUUUCUUCAUGGUUUGGAUCGGCACAAUAGAUGCAGAUUUCAUCUUAACAGUAAGCAUAUAAUGAUUGACGAGGAUCUAACAGCUCGCGUAAAUAUGGCAGAUGCGAAGUUCUCUUUCCAAGAAGUUGGACGAAUUUACGAACCGGCGUGGAUGUCGCCAGAAGCUUUAAGUAAGCGUCCUGCAGAUAUCAAUCUUGAGGCGAGCGAUAUGUGGAGUUUUGCCGUUCUUUUAUGGGAAUUGGCAACCAGAGAAGUACCAUUUGCGGAUCUAUCGCCUAUGGAAUGUGGCAUGAAGAUUGCACUGGAAGAUUUACGUGUAAGCAUUCCACCAGGUAUUUCUCCACAUCUUGCAAAACUCAUUCGCAUCUGUAUGAAUGAGGAUCCAGGCAAACGACCGUCCUUUGAUAUGGUUAUACCAAUUCUAGAUAAGAUGAAGCGUUGAAAUGUAUAUCUGAAAUGAUUUCAUCAAAAAGUGCCUAAUGAAUCUCUAUAUUUAUUAAACUGCCUGAAGAAUUAUCAUUAACAAUGAUAUAUAGAAUAUUUUUGUAUCACUGUGUUCUAUACAAAUGAACAAAUACUGCCUUUAGAAAAAUUUAAACUAGGCUUUAAAUGGACUAAUCUUUUUUUAGCUAUUUCUUAUAUAUUUAAUACAAUGUUUCGUGAAAACAUGUUUAUAUAUGUAAUCUAAAUAAGUCUCUAAAUAUAUAGCUCGAACUCUGCCCAUACUUGACGAAUUAAAUCGUCAAAACAUUUAGUAAAAAAGAAAAAAUAAGAUAAUGUUAUAUGCACACAGUAGAGAGCAUAUUUUUAAUAAAAUUUUUGGUGCUUCAUUUUCGGUUUGUCACCAGACAUAUUGUGAAUAUUAUUUGUAUGUUAAUAUCAAAGUCACAUACAAAAUGAAAUGUAUUAUUAAAAAAUGAAUAUUAUAUGUCAAUGAAUAAUUUUAUUAACAAAUGUAGACAAAUAUAUUUAUUGUUAGACAUACAA